AUGGUGGUAGAUACCCCGAGUUGUGCUAUAGAGUUGACGGAAUCUCCUAAGAUAGAGCAAGAAUUCAUGGAGGAAUCUAAACAAGUUGUGGUUUUUAAGCCUCAAAGUGAUGUGCCUCCUAGUAAUUUUAUGGGUAUUGGUGAAUCUAAAGUGCCGAAAAAUAUUGACCCGAGUGAUCUGGAUAAGUUGAAAGUUACUCCUAAUUCUUCUUUGCCUUCUUGUAUUCUUCAUUCUUUUCUCCUCUGCAACUCUAAACCACAGUUUGAUUUUCUCUUUGCCUGCAGAUCCAUAAUCAAGCAAGCGACCAACAAAGACGGUGACUGA